AGUUGGAACUUACCUUAGGUACGCAUUUGACUUCACGACGUCUGUCAUUCAGCAACGCCAAUAGCCUUCCUCACUCUGCCCGAAAGUCGCACGCCUAUAUCCUUGAUAUAUACCUCUUUAGACGGUAUCAGCCAUGUCCGCCGUACGCACUUUCUACAACGCCUUUUUCCGAACAAACUGGCAGAUGCUGGGUUUUGUCUUUACCUCGGCUUUCGCUUUUGAGAUGUUAUAUGAUACUACCAUGAACAAGGUCUGGGAUAACUUGAACCGAGGGCGACAAUGGAAGGAUAUCCGAUCCCGAUACGUCCGGGAGGAAUAAGCGACCACCACCAACUCCUGAGAUUAGAGAACGCUUGAGAUGGGACAUGGAAACUUCCGGGGACGAGCGAGUGUCUCAAAAACCGUACAGUUGUACCUUAUAGACCGGAACAAUCCCUUAUAGAACAGUUCGCACAAACGCUAUAUCUCUGCCUACUUCUCCCCGUAAUGAAUGAAUACACGAUGCUCGGAUGAAUGCUUGCCUAGACGUAUAUCGGAGUAUUGCAAUUAAGGCGCCCGAGACAAAUAGCCAAUCUCAUUAAACCAACUCAAUUUACUAAGGUGUAAAUGUUGGCCAACUUCUUAAAUGCUCUCCUGUCCGACUAUAACAUCUCAGGUACAUGUAAUCAAUUAUUGCAAAUAAAGAAAAGAAAAAAGGCAUGUAUUCCUACACUAUCCUCAAAUUGUGGAACUUGAUAGGAUUAUCAUAUUUGUUACAAGUACGGGGCAAACGGGAUUUGUUAGACGAGGUGUGACACUUUCAUUUGGUUAUGAU